AGGCGGCCGCCUGGCCGGGGUUCCGACGCUGGCCGCCAGGUGGCGGACGGGGGCCCGGUCUCUCCCCAGCCCAUCUUGCCGGCAAUGGGCGGUCAUUUCAGUGGGAUGGUUGUUCGGCAGACGGAGAGUGCAACCGGCGUCCGGGCGUCGUGGCCGGCGGCCUGACCGGUUUGGCGGAUCUGCGGUCGGGAACGGGCGCAGGAUGGCUGGGCUUAUCAAGAAGCAAAUUCUCAAACACCUGUCCAGGUUUACAAAGAACCUCUCACCUGACAAAAUCAAUCUAAGUACGCUCAAAGGGGAAGGUCAACUGACAAAUCUGGAGCUUGAUGAAGAAGUAUUGCAAAAUGUCCUAGAUCUGCCCACGUGGUUGGCUAUCACCAGAGUGUACUGCAAUAAGGCAGCCAUCAGGAUACAAUGGACGAAGCUCAAGACCCAUCCUAUUUCUCUGUUCCUUGAUAGAGUUGAGGUAGCAAUGAGGACUUGUGAGGAACCUCGUCCUCCAAAUGGGCCCUCUCCAAUUGCCAUUACAGCAGGUCAAAGUGAAUAUGGCUUUGCUGAAAAGGUUGUAGAGGGAAUGUCCAUUGUAGUAAAUUCUAUUGUUGUUAAAAUUGAAGCAAAAGCAUUCAGCACUUCGUUUGAGCUAUGGCAGCUGCAAGGUUAUAGUGUAAAUCCCAAGUGGCAACAGAGUGAUUUACGAUUCACAAGGAUUACAGAUCCAGAACGAGGGGAGGUUUUGACUUUUAAGGAAAUAAAUUGGCAAACACUUCGUAUUGAAGCUGAUGCCAUCCCAGGUGAUCAGAGCAUUAUCAGCACACCGCUAAGACUCAUCACCAAUCAAUCAAAAAUCAGACUUGUACUUAAGAGAAGGGUGAAGGAUUGCAAUGUAGUGGGCUCAAAGCUCAUGUUCCUGUUGGAUGAUUUGCUAUGGGUUCUCACUGACUCACAGCUAAAAGCAAUGAUUGAAUAUGCUCAGUCUCUCAGUGAGGCCAUGGAGAAUUCUGCCAAGCAGCGGAAGAGAAUGGCUCCAGACACGGCAGGGACUAGUGGCCUAGCAACUACUACUCACCAGCAAAGAACACCUCCAGCACAUACAAGUAACAGCUCAAACAGCAUUAGCCAGUACUUUGAAUUAUAUGAUGUGAAAGAAUCAUCCUAUCAUAGUCAAAUCUCACGGCUGGAUUUACAUAUUUGUGAUGAUGGUCUCCCAAUGGAAGAAGGAGUGUCCAAACAUCGAAUAGCUGGAGGAGCUAUACAGUUAACAUUUAAAAAUCUGAGCCUGGAUUACUACCCCUUCCACUGGGCAAAUGAUAGUUGUAAACACUGGGUUAGGUACUCUGAAGCCAUGGAAUCCAGAGCACAAUGGGUCCAAGACCUGCUGCAAGAGUUUCAGUCCAAAGUACAAACAAUAAUAGAUCACAGUGAGGAUGCAACAGGUGGGAAAUCUCCAAUGAAAGAAUCGCCGAGUAAAUGGAAAGUAGGGUCACCAGGUUGGAAGGCUUAUAAAAGACGAGCAAGUGACCAAUCGACAGGAGCUACUUCCCCUGAUUCUUGUAAAGUGCCAUGGAGUAAGCUGCUCUCCAGUUGUGUGGUUGUCCGUGUUGAUGACUUGGACGUUUAUCAGGUCUCAGCAGCGGGUCAGCAUGGUAAGAAGCCUACAACCUUACUUUCCUGUAACAGGGUAUCCUACCAUCUUCCACUCGACAUGUCAGCAAUUCACAUUGAAUUUACUGAAUACUAUUUCCCUGACAGUAAAGAAUUCCCUGUGCCUUGCCCUAAUCUUUAUGUGAAGCUGAAUGCCUUGCAAUUUACAUUGGAUCCAGUGAGCUUGUUGUGGGUGAACUCCUUCGCUUUGGACCUUUAUCAGACCCUUCAGCAGUUCAAAGCCAUCUAUAAAUUGAAUAACUCUGUGAAAGUGGAUGAACAUGUUGAUUUUUGUAUGAAUGGGCUCGUGUUGAAGCUUGUAAUUCCAGUGGACCAGAAUGUAAUGGCUCAUCCAGAUAAGCCAGAAUACAUUACCAUUCAGACUUCAGAUGUUGUGGCUACAAACACGCGACACUCACCAAACUGUAAGCACUCUGAUCUCCAAAUGAUGCUGAAAGCCUUUAAAGACUGUGAAUUUUUUCAUGUGUCUUAUAAAGAGUUCCCUAAAUCUGUAGACAGUUUUGAUGUGCUUCAAACUGUAUUUUUUCAUCAUGCUUAUGAGCAACAAAUCAACCUGGACAGAAUUAGUACUCAGAAGAACCUUACUCCUGAUGCAUUAAAAACAUCAUCAGCUGCAGACACAUGGUCACUCCAUUUUUCUCAACUUUGGCUGGACUUUGAAGGUAAAGAGAGCUCAAAAGACAAGCCUUUCAGCUUUGUAGAUGCGUUUCCUCUUUCCAUAUGGGUGUCUCGACCAUCUAAGACACAAUCAAGUUAUUCAACAUCUGAAUGCACUACUAAUUUAGAAGAUUCCAAAAAUAGCAUGGAUCAUAAAUUUGAUAUGUUCAGUUGUACAGAGUCCUUUGGAAAUGGACUGCAGGAUUUCACAGCCACGCAAGCACUCAGGUCAUCCGAAGAGAUUUCUGCAGAUCUGACCACUCGGCAGGCAAGAGUGAGACAACCUGACAGAAAGGAUGACUCUGAGGCAGAUGUUCAUGUCCUUGUGUACAGUACUGCCCAUGUAAAAGCACGCAUGAACCACUACCAUUACCUUGUAUUACUGCGGCUAAAGGAAUGUCUUGCUCAGCUACAAGAUGACUUGACUCAGGAUAGGGAAAGAUUGACUAAAAAUAUUGUUAAAUCUGGUAGUAUUUGUAUAGGAUUGUUGAUUAAUAGUGCUGAAGUUGCUUUACUGCUUCAUCCAACUCCAACCACAGAUUGUGACCUACAGUCCCAAAACUCAGAAAGCACAAGCCUUGCUGAGUCCGAGCUUUCACCUUCUGAGAGUAGAGAAAGAUUGGCUGAGGAGGAGAAGCCUUUGAACAGAAUAAGUGAUCAGCUGGAUAAUACCAUCAGGUCUGUGGAUGAUAGUGGAAUUCACAGUGGGGACUUGAGUAUGGUUACCUUAUUGGAUUAUGGAGUUUCAGCACAAGAUGGAGUAAUUGUGAGUGAUGGUCCUUUAUCUAAUGCUCAGGCAGUAGGAAGUCAGUCAUCUGAAAAAGGACCUGUGGAAGAAGCAUAUGAAGCAGUAGAAUCUCUAGCAACGGAGGUUUCUGAAGAUAGCAGGAUUCCAAACAUCACUUUAGAAAAGAGUGAGCCUUUGGAUCUACAAACAAGCAACAUCGUGCAGAUGGAUCUUACUCCUUUUCAGAAUGUUGAUGUGGAUUCAACUCCAUUGAGUGUGUCAAAGGAUGUUGCUAAAGAAGCUCUGCUAAUGACUGUGGACUUAACUAAAGAAGCUGUUUCUCUGACAAAGGAUGCUUUCAGUCUCAGCAAGGAGAAGAUGGCUAACACUAUGCAAAAGAUGCUUUCCUUGUCUUCAUCAAGAGAACAGAUCUCUAAAGGUGAAGACAAUCCACCCUCCUUAUCCAGCACUAAACUCCGUUUCUUAAACAUGAAGCGCACCUCAUCACAGCAUUCCUUAGACACUACAUCACUUGAUGGCAGCUUGACAGAAGAUCGAAUAUCUGUCGACAGUGACAACAGUGAGAAAUAUGUCAUUCUCCUUGAAGCAGAAUCAGGGCAGGAAUCACCUCUCCCAAACACCAGCAUAGAUCAGAUACCAACAAUGAGCAGCAAUCAGAGUCUUCCAGAAAGUGCAGAUGGAGGGCACAGAGGAGAGGGAUUUCACGAACACUCGACAAUCACUAACUCCCUGACAGCAACUGAGAAUGAUUCAAAUGCUGAACAGGCUUCGGUGCUGUUACUGCAAAUACUUGAUGUGAACUGUGAGAUUGGUGUAAGAGGGGAUGAUGUUGCUGUCAGUGUCCAGGUGAAGGAAGUGAUUCCUGAUCAUUUGGGUAAUAUUGACGUGCAGAAGUUUCUGAGCAGCUAUGCAACUGGCUUCCAGAAGGCUUGUCCAAUAGAGUCUGACAGAACACAGCCUGCUGUAUGUUUGAGAUUUGAAUCAGGGCCACACUCAUCCGUUCACUCUCCACUUGCUGUUAAGAAUGGCUUUCUGCAUUUUCACAUCAGUAAUUAUAGUGCAGAGCUGUCAAUGUCUUCACUCGCAAACUUGGGUCCUUUCUUGGAGGAUGAGAUGAUUCCAGAAGUUAUUCCAAUGAAGAUAGAACUCUUCGACUGCAACAUUACUCUUAAGGAUGAUGGCCCAAGACUGUAUCCGACAUCUCCAGAUCCUGUACCCAUAAUUCUUCAUGUUGAUCACCUGAUGGUAGAGCGAGUUGAUGAUGGAACAUUUUGUUUAACAGCUUUGCAGAGAAGCCCAACUAAAGCAGAUGUGGAGAAGAAAGAGGCUCUUUCAGUCAAAAGUGGAUCUCAUCUGGUCAAAUUUGGAAUGAAGAAAGGUGGAGGAAUGCAGCCACAGUCAGAUGUUCAGAGUGCGUCAGAUCUAACUCUUGCGAAGGACGUGAAUGAGCUUCUUAAGCAGGAACUUGCCUGCACAAAGGAAGCUCUGAAAAAGGCAAAUCAAGAUAGAGAGAGAUUGCUGCAAGAAAUAAAGAAACUAAAUCCUGAUUUUAAUUUUUGAAUAUCACAGUUUGGCAUAUUAUCACUACCAACAGCCAAGACAACAAGUAACUAAAUAAACAUUACUCAAUGAUUUGUUACUGAAGAGGUCAGCAUAAUAAACCUCAGCCACUCACCAACAUUAUGUGAAAGAAUGAAGUUUUCAAGUGUGCAUAGAAGAAACUGAAGUAAUAUUUUAUUUUCAUUCACAUGAAGAACACAACAUGUUGGCUAUUGCAAGUAGCACAAUUGAAGAGGUUUUAUUGUGUAACAAUUAUAAUUCCAUAUGGUAAGGUUGAUAACCAUCUUGGUUUUAAUAAAAAUGAGUUUGCAGAAUGAAGACACUAUGGUAGGAGAUUUUGACAAAUGAUGCAAAAGGUUGAGAGUGCUUACAAUGUAUUAUGUUUACAAUGAAAAAUUGGGUGAAUUAGUUUACAGCAAAAUCUAGUAUAUAUAAUAGAUGCAGUAUCAAUUGCAAGCAAAUUAUUUAUUGGUGACCUCGUGCACUAAUAUUUAUUGUUGUACUGUGCUUACCUCUUCAAGUUUUACAGGUAAAAGUCCAAGUGUAAAAUGUCCUCGCAAACUAGAUGCUGUCUUGGCCAGCUGGCAUUUGAAGGCCUUGAAGUGGUUCAUUCUGCAUUUGAAACUGUCAUUGCAAGGUCUCUCAAGAAAAUAGUAAUUGACUAACAGAAAUAAAUUUUAACAGAACACCAAAUACAAACACCCCUGACACAAAUUGAAAGUUGUUUUAAGUGGUCUUCCCACUUAAGAGCACUGUUAUGUAGAUAUAUUGGCAAACACUUGCUUUAGUGAGAAUUCCUUGUGAAGGGCUCAUUUUCAGAGCUGUGGUUGAAGCAAUCUGUAUUGAUAGAAAGUUUGUUUUACUGCUUUAGGCCAGGCUUUAAAAUCUGUCAUCCAGUAUGUGAUCAUGAGAUACUAUCAUGGAUGGGAAUGUAGCAGAGAUUUACUAAGUUACCUUCUAAACCCAGUAGGACUUGAUGCAGAACAACAGAAUUCCAAAGCAGUACAUACAGUAGCUCGUAUUUAUAAUUUUGCUUUUUCCUUUUCUGUUCUCCUGUUAGGAGUUCGUGCAGAUGAAAUUGUAUCUUUUGUUUUAAAGAGCUGCUAAUUUUCAAACAUGAAGCAAAAUGUACUGUAAAUGAAGAUUUAGAAUUAGUUGGAAAAUACAAUACUAGUUAAAAUAUUGGAUACACCAAACAAAAUCAAAUUAUUUGAAUGACGACUUAACACAAUAAUUGCAACAGUAUACUGUGUGAUAUAAGGGACACACAUGCAAAGAACUGAACAAGAGAAAGUAUUGUUCAACUCUAUCGUGACUGCAAAAUAAAUUCAGCUUGUGAAACUCCUCCAGGUGCUUUACUCCAUGCAAAACUAGAUGGAAAUGUAUUGAGUGCUGCUAAUAGAAAUGCUCCCAAUUUUUAAACACAUUAUUAAUUUUUAAGAGUUUUAUAUCUUGAUUUCUGGCAUGCGAGAUAUUGUCCAUUAAUGUUUCUAUUUACAUAAUUAUAAUUCCCUGGUGGCUAGUUGCAGAUACUUAGACAUAUCAAAUUUUCAUAUUUCUAGUGGGUUUGGAGCAAUAGACUUGCUCCAUUCUGUGGAAGUUGGUCACAAUUUGGUCUUAGACACUAAAUUAUGGUGUGUUUCAUCUGACUUGAGUUUCGACCAUUGUGUUCUAUUUUUCAGCUGAUAAAUUGUCAUAACAGAAAAACCAUUGUCAUAAUCUCAACCAUUAUUCAAGGAUCUAUUUUAAAGCAUAAUAUUAAAAAUUAGCCAGCUAUGCUACUCUGGAAAACUUCCCAGUAAUUUAAAAUUAAUACAUGGGAAUGCAGUAUUUUAAUCUUAAAACAAAAUGCAUUGGAGAAGUUGCAGUCUACUCAAUUAUGGUUGAAAAGGAAUGUUGGGUCAGUUUCAUUCUUUUCAGUGCAAAAGUUCUUGCUCUUUGCAGAAAUGGAGUGCAGGUAAAUGCUGGUGAGAUCAGGGUCAUUUUACUCUUGUAAAAUGUUUACUUGACUGAAUGACCACUUGCUAGGUGCUGAUGGGACUGGAAUGUCUGGGUGGGUUGUAGAGGAUGAAUUGAUUGUAUUUCUGGAUAGAAAUGCAAAUACAUGCUCCCAUGACCCAAGUUUAUUUUUUAUUUAUGGAACAUAGCUCUUUUCAAAGACCUGACUAAUUUUCUUGUUAGCUACAGAAUAAAACAUUAUUUUGAAUAUUUUUUAUGUAUGUAUUACUUGAAUAUACUGUUUUACACCUGAUUACUUCCAUCUAAAGGGAGAAUGCAUACAUCUGAUUUUUUUUUUGAUUGUUUUGACCAGUCAUGAGAUAUUUUGAGUGGGAUGCAUUGUUUGAAGUCAACUUACUGCUUCACUGAGAUGUGAGGAAUUCAGCGAUCAGUGAUUCUUGUACUCAAUGGCUUUAUUUCAUUAAUAUUAAAAGUACUGAAUUCCCUCACUGACUCAGUGUGUGAAAAAUCAAAAGUUUUAUAUAUUUAAUUUGGAAGCUUUACUGACAUUAAUUUGCCCAUUGCCGCCUUAUCUGGACAUUCAAUUGAGAAGUAAAAAGAUGAAUAGUAAUUGUCAAUUUUAUUUAGCAUAAAUCUGUAAUGUUGAAAGCCCUAAUACUUACAAUUUUGUACAUUCACCCCUUUGUGGAAGUUUACCUUUAUCUCUUCACAUGAUUUUUUUCUAAUAAACAUGAAAAUAUAGAUAUUGUUGGGUUGGAAUUGAGGAAUGAGGAACCAUUUACUUCAGAUAUUUCAGCUGCAGUAUUGUGUGUCUCAGUAACCUUAUAGCACUAUUGAUUACACUGAAUUCAAUAACUGGGUACUCCCAGGCUUGUUCUUUUAAAGAUGAAAUGGUUUUGUAUUUUAUGACUGAAUAAAUUUCUAAAGUAUUAAAUUGUUUACAACAUGCCAAACGGCUAACCUGGUAGUUUAUGAAAUGUGUACAUAUGAAUUGUAUGCUUCUUUGCAAGUCUAGAAGGUUCAGUGAUGGGAUGAUAUUGUUGAGUUUGAUCAUUUCUAUACCUAACCAUUCAAAUUUUGAAGUGGAAUACAACUAUUGUCGCAGAAGUCUCGACAUUUUUUAAAUAGGUUUACUCACUGCCAGCGUUAUUCCCUUAAAGAGUUAUACAGAAAUUAGCAAUGUUUGAUGCUCUGCAGUGUUGAUUGCCAACUUAGUUUUGUCACUUAUUUUAUCAGCUUACUAUUUUAAAAAACUAAUGGUACUACCGUAUAUUUGGAAAGGUUAAAAUGCAGCUAUUAUACUGAUUAUCUAUGGGUCAAGUGCCUAAUUUUGCACCUUACUUGAGAAAAUUAUUAAAAGAACUUGCACGCACCUUGGUGUAAAGCAAGGAUUAUUUUGGUCAAGAAUGAUGCAAUCCACUUUUAAACAUGAUCGUUUAUAUUUUCCAAAACCAUAACACAAGUUUAUACCAGUGUAACAAGAUGUAUCUGGAUUCAGUAAGCCUCUGCAUUAACUGUGGAGAAACUAAGCUGAAUCAAAACAUCAGUGAGUCUUCGAAUUCCAGUAUUUACUGUUUUCAUGAAAGCUCAACUCUUCCUCUGCCUAAUUACUCUUCUAUCAUCAAUAGACCAUGUAUUGUUCAUUGAAGUAAGACAGACUACAGCAAAGCUUUUUCUUGUGAACAUUAUAGUUCAUGCUGUUGAAUCAGAUUCUACCAUCAUACAUUAAUGCUCUAACACACUGUACUAUUUCUUAAGGUAUAUGAUUAGAAGUUUGCAAAUGCCAGAAAUUUUUACAAUAAUCACCUUCAGCACAAGGCUUGAACCAUGUCACUGUUUUAACUGAACACUUUUGGUAUGCACAUACAAAAAAUCUACCAUUGUCUUUUGUAAUAAAAUGUUGAAUAGGUAGAAUUAUGCUCUAAAAGCACAAUCAUUUAGUAAAUCUGAACUGUUAACUUCUGAUGGAAUUUCCUUUCUCCUGCAGAUUUCACUCUUGUUCUGUUUAAUCCUUUUGGUAGUGCAUGUACUGUAAUGCUUUGUUUCAUAUCUAAGUGCAAUUACUGCCUUGAUCUGUUGGAUUUAAGCUAGCACUUCCAAAUGUUCUGGAACCACUUGGAAAACAUCUUUCUGGUAACACUGGUGUUUUGAGUUUUACAUAACAUUUGACACUAAAUACUAGAAUUUUAAAUUGUAUGAUGGGGACAAACUCAUUUUUCCAGCAAAAUUAAUUUUUGGAAAGAAAGUUAUACAAAUAGGUGUUUUAAUAAAUUCAUUGCUUACUAAGUAAUAAGCCACACCGGAAAAUUGAAAAAUACCAUCUUUACCAAACAGAAGGCAAUUCUAAAUUUUCCUCAAUAACUGAAUACAAUAUUCAAACAGCUUGUACUUCUGCCCAAAGCUUGUGAGCAUCGAGGGUUUUGGCAAGUACAGACCUCACUUGUCCCCAUUUUUACAAUUGUCCCACUGAUCUUUACUUUAUCAUUUUAAAUUAUGGAAAAGCUGUUCACAGUUGUUGAAAUUGAAUUCUGAUGAGUCUUGUCACUGUCAAGCCAGCUUUUCUUCUAAUGACUCUAAACCAAAUUUAGAUGAUGAUUCAACUGCAGUAACCAAAUGACUAAAGAUAAUCCAUUACAAUUUAUGUUUGUGCAAUUGUUAAAAUCUAUUGUAGACAUUGAGUCAUGAGUACAGGAACACUUGGUUAUAUUUAAUACUCCGCAAUUAUUUUAGUACUGUACAGUUAGUGCAUGAGCAUUGUAACAAACUGGAAGUUAAGUGGUUUACAAUGUGUAUUUGAAGCAUUUAUUUUGAAAUUCUGAUGUGUGGUAUUUUGUUCCAAUUUUGUUUAGCACCACUCCUGUACAAGUUGAAAACUGGUUCUGUGAACCAGUAAUGUUAAGUAUUUUUGAAAUAAAUUUGUCAUCUAAAGA